GGGUUAAACUCAUUUUCAAGUCCUAAACCAGCAACUUGAAUAUUACCAUAGCAACUGAUGCAUCAAGAUGGAGUAUACCAAAGAAAAGCUUUUUGUUUUAGAAGAGGAUAUGGUAAAAACAGAGGACAUAUCCAGGGUCGCAGACGGCUGGAAUGAAGUGUUUGAGAGAAACCGGUUGGUUCCCCCGUCCAGCCAGACUGCCAGACUGGCUGUAGAAAACCACUUCACCCAAUCCCAAGGCUUCCAGCUCACCCUCAACCGAAUCACAACAGCUUCCAUCCCGCAGGGGAUAUCUGUGGGGGAACAAGAUGUAAUCUACCAGCUACGUGUGACACUGUUUGAUAGAAAGAACCAGCACUUUUUGGGGAAAACAUGGAAGAGUUCAUCCCAGAAGAUAAAGAACAGCAAGAUUCCCUUCAAUCAGGUCCUGUACUUCCAUACAUCUUUGCUGUUGCCCAGCACAUUGCUGGUUUUGGAGCUGGUGUCAUUGUCUCCCAAACCAGACGGCUCCCAUCAGGCUCUGGGAAGAGGCUUCACUGUCCUGGAGCUUUUUACCAACAGGCCAGAGGGUCUUGCUGCUGAUGGGGACAGAAGGUUGAAUCUCUACCAUGGAUCACCAAGAGGCCUGCUCCACCCCCUGCUGAAGGACACUGUUGACUACAGCAGUUUCUUGAAGGUUAUUGAUGGAGCACAUUUGGACUUUGUGGUAAAAAAACAUCUUCCAUUGCUUUCUGUGAUGCAUCUUCUUCCUGAGAAUGUCCUUGUGUCUGGAGAUGACAACAUUCCUGGUCUCACAGCUUCUCCUACAGGAGAUGCUCUGCUGAGGCCUCAGCUGCUCAAUAUGAUGCCCUUCACCCUGAGUAGACUUACCAUCUCCCUCCAGCCUUCCUUGGAGAAGUUUGAAAGCCUCUUGCUGCAGCUCAUCAGUGCUGACUGCCAUAACACAAAACAGCCAGGAUCAGAGGAUACACAAAGAACUGUUGUCAUCCAAGAAAGGAGGCUCCAUGUCGGUGUCCACAAUGGUUGGUGUUUCCUUGAAAAGCCCCAGGUGGUAGUACUAGAGCCCCUUGCUUCAGGGGUCAGAGGACGAGUCAACAGUGCCUCCAAAAAGAGCACGCUGGUGAAGGACAGCUCAGCAACAUCAUCCCUCCCUCAGAUGCUGGGCCUUCGCAGCAGCCUGGAGCUCAAGCUGGCUAAUCAUCAAGCUUUGGCAAUCGUCUUUCAGCUAGAGUACGUUUUCUCUGCUCCAAUAGGCCGAGAGACUGUGCUGUCAGCUACUUCCACAUCUCGAGCUGCCUUCUUGCAGUGCCUUCGUUGGGGGAUUUGGUGCCCCUUCCAGGAGCCAGCUGACUGGAAAAGCAAAGAGAUACAGCUUGUUCUGCAAGGAGGUGCAAAGCCAAAUCCACAUGGAGUUAUGGUCUACAGCACAGAGGUGUCUGCCAAAACUCAGAGUCCUGCACCAAUCUCAGCUCCAGGCAUAGCUCAGGAGGACUUGGAGGUAAAGGAUACAAUAACAUUUUGGCUAGCGUCCAGCCCAGAAAGAAAGGCAUCCAGCCCAAAGGCAUCUUUGAUGACAAAGCAGGAGGAUGUGUCACGUCAGAGAAAAUCAUCCUCAUCACCUUCUCGGGGUCAGAAACACAUGACUCCUCCAGGUUCUCCUCAAGGCCCUGGGCUCUCACUGUCUCAGCUGGCAGCUACUUCACGCUACCCAACCACCAGCCACUCCAGCUCAGCGUUGCCGUGGCAACAGUCAUUUCCUUCUCUUCUCCAUCCUUCCCCGUUGGCAUCGGCCCACCAGCUGUCACAUGUCACCAGCUUUGCUGUUAGCAACAUUGCACACCUAGAGAUGGACCUUCAGCGGGAUGGUGAUGAGUUACCUUUAAUGCAGGAUGAAGGAGACCCACUUCGAGAGCUGCCCUUCACCCCUGUCCACGCUCCUGUCAUUACAGUGGGGAUGAAUGUGCCUAGCUCCUGCUCUGCCAGCUCCAGGAGCUCAUUGGCCCACCUCUUCUCUGCUGGCUUCCCUGAAAUUGUGGACAGUAAUGGGCUGGUAGCAGAAGUCCUGGACCCCACAGAACCUCUACCUUUUGAUCUUCAGCGGGAAGAAGCCGACCUUUUACAAGGAAAUGUGCUGGUGUUUCAGUUUUUGGCGUUUACCAGAAUACCAGCAGCGGGUGUUGGUCCUGACUGGCCUGAAAACAUCUACGUUACCUUCCAGUUCUAUCGUUUUCCACCGGUCACAUCACAGCAUCUCAAGCUGCUAACCAAUGACAAGGCUCAGUACAGAGCUAGUGAAACACUUCCCUGUGUCCUCGCCGCUAUCAACAAAGAUAGAAUUGCUAAUACUGGUUCUCCUGGCCUGCAGGUCCAGUUCAGAGUUGAUGACAGUUUCCUGAGGCCAGAAGAGAAGGGCUGCUUCCUUGACUACCUGACCAACCACACCAUGCACAUUGACAUCUGGGAUGGGGACUCUUUGCUUCUCAUAGGUUCUACUGCCAUCGGGCUCAAGUGCAUGUUGCGUCAGGGUAAAUCUGCAGUACAGGCUCUUCAUGAGUUGGAAGUAUUGACUACUGAUUAUGCGGCAGAGGAAGCAUUGCUUACAAGCUCAGAUUUGGGUCCAAGGUCAGCCUGCUGCUCAUUAACUGCUCGCACCUUGGUCAGAGGCCGGCUCCACAUACGCACAGGCAAUAUAGGUUGCUCAGUAGAUCCUUGUUGGAAGAGAGCAGUGGACAAGAUGCCAUUUUAUUCCCACAUCAUCACACCUUGUGAAGCCAACAGUGGCUUCAGGGGAGGAAGCCUAUUUACCAGAAAUACCCUCCAACUCAACACUAGAAACAGUGCACAAGUCUGCAGACUGGACACAGAUGGGGAUCAGAUGCUGUUGUUCAGAGCCGAUGCCAUCACACCCAAAGAGUGCAACCUACAUGAAACCGACAGUGUGCGCCGGAAGCUGGACUGCAUGGCUGCUGUGCGUCAAAGGGAGGCCAGGGAAGGCGGUAAAGCUGCAAAAGUUACGGGUCACGCUACAGAAGCCCAGUUAGCCAGAGAAUUUCAUCAAGACAAAUCCGGUGAAGAUCGCAGCAAGGCCGAGGGAAUUGCCAACAUGUUGAAGCAGCAUAUCACCGCCCACCAUUGCCUCUACGCCAGCCUGGGCACUGCUAAAUAUGUGGAAUUUGUCCUUAAAAACCCCUUAAAUGUACCUCAGACUGUCACCAUUUACAUCGAUGACCCAGAGCUCAGCGUCAUCACUAACACUGAAGAGUGGCGUUACUUCAAAGCACUAACCCGAACUCCUACUCCAGUGGAGGAGAACAUGUUCCACAUGGAGGAAGGUGCUCCAGGUCCCCGAGUUUACCUCCGGCCCAAAGAGAGUAUCCAUAUUCCCCUGAAAUACCAGAGCUUCCUCUGUGACCACACCAUGGCCCUCCAGGGACCAAGCUACCUGCCUACAGGCAGAGCUUCUCAGAUGGCCAAGAAGAAUCUAUCCAGUAUUAUCACUGCCAAACCUAUCAAGGUUACAUUCAAAGCUGAAGAUGGGAAGCCAAUGGCCAUCUGCCAAUUGAACGUGGAGCCAACACCCCACGUUGUGAAUCAGGCUUUCCGGCUUUAUCACCCUGAACUUUGUAUCCUCAAGAAGGCGAUCCGCCUGCCACCAUGUCACGACCCCACAGCUGGAAAAACUGAUUCCAGGACUCAUAUUUCGGUGCGCUGCAGUGAUCCUAACAUUAUCUGCCAGACCAGGAUGCUGGUGCCAGGGGAGCCUCAGGAUGUGUACUUGAAAGUGCCCGGGAGUCCCAGUCCACAGAUAAAGAUGUUCUUUUUAAUGAUUUUCACCAAUAAGUGGAUGGCAGUGCCCUCCCAGAUCUGGCAGAUUUACGUGCAUUUCCUGGAACGGGUGGAUGUCAGCUGUGUGACUGGCCAGCGGAGCUGUCAAUCACUAAUUCUGAGGGGGAGGCAGCCUGUUCGCAAGGUCAAAUGUUUCUCAUCACAUCCCGAGGAGACUGAGGUGGACCCGGCCGGUGUGUUUGUGUUGCCUCCUGCAGCAGUGCAGGAGCUCCAGCUGAAGGUGCAACCAUGGCGGGCUGGAAGCCGUUUCCUGUAUGUGAAUGCGGUGGAUGUGGAGCAACAGCAGCUCGUCGCUGCCUGGCUGCUCUGUCUCAACGUUCACCGCCCCGUGCUGUCCAAGGCAUUUGAAGUGUGUGUCCCAGUUGGUAGUGGGCGCGGCAGCUCCAGGAAAAUCACCUACACAAACCCAUACACCAGCAGCCGCACAUUCCUACUCCGCUCUGACCAUCCAGACCUGCUCCAGUUCAAAGAGGAUAAAUUCCAGAUCGAUGGAGGAGAAAGUUACACCAUUGGGUUACGAUUCGCCCCCAGCCAGACCCCCGGCUCCGCAGAGAUCCUGGUCUACGUGAAUGAUCUGGAGGAAAAGACCGAGGAGACGUUCUGUGUCAAAGUUAACUAUUCCUGAUCUGAAGCAUCCGUCCUGCAAUACAGACUCAUCUGUACUAAAAAUGUGUUUUCAGAGUGGGAAACUAAUCAGUGCUGCCAUUUUUCUACAUUGUGGUUGUAACGUUCCAUUAGUUUGAUAUUUAAAGAAUGAACACAUAUUUUAUUGCCUGCUGGUUUCUUUUUAAACUUUUGUAAAAGUUGGUUUACUUUGUUCUGUCUGAAUAAGCUGCACAAAUUAACUUAGGUUGCUUUCUUGACUAGGUAGUUGCAGACAAGUCUAUUUUUGAAAGUUUUUACACUGCACAUUGUUGUGGUUUUAUUAGUUUUUUAUUCACAAAGCAGAUAGAAAUGUGUAAUUUACGAGAGCUGCUGAGAUUGUUCAAGUAGUGAGCUGAAAUGUCUAGCAUAUGUUUGACAGUUCAAGCCCAAACCAUCUGAAUGUAGUGUGAGAGUGAGGCUUUACAAUUUCAUCCAUUUUAAUUACCCAGCAAGCCCUCUAGAACGCUGCUUGAUGGUGGAGUUUUAAUCUUAGACAAGCCAGGGGUCCACACUUCACAUCCCCCCACUUUCUAAAUAACUUAUCCUCAUCAUCAGCAUCAUUAGAAACAUGGCCGUAAUGAGGUAUGAUUUUUCAGUGAGGCACACAUCUCUUCAUAUCGCCCUCAUUAACACCAGCACCUUUUUAAACCCGCCAUGCUCUCCCUCCUGUUUGCUCUGCUGUCUCUCUCUGUUUGAGGUGAAGAGAGAGAGAGAGUGAGAGAGAGAGAAGGCCAUGCAUAUUGUGUUAUGUAACACAGUUACACAAUCCCUCCACCCCCCCAUUCCCCAUGCCUCCCUCCCUCCUCGCUUUCUCAUUAAAAUGCAGGCAGCAAAAUAAGCCUCAGCGCAGCAGCAAAGCCUAAUAAAACAAAGAUAGCUACUAAGCCUCGUGUGCUUCAUCUUUACCUUCUCUAACAUCUUGUUUCAAGCAGAAGCAUCAGUGUCGUCUGUUUCUUGUUAAUGUGUUUACAGCUUACAGUGAUGCACAUUCAAGCUUUAUCUGCUCAGUUAUUGUUACCUGUACUUUGGCAUUCUGCUACAAUGCUAAAGAUUCACUAGCCAACUCUGGGCAUGUGGCUGAAAGGUUGGGUUUGAAGUUUUAGAUUAAAGUUUAUCUUAAAACAAUACUUAGAAGCCUUAUGUGUAACACAUGACUGCUGAGUAAUAGAACAAAAAUGAAAGUCCACAUUUUUCUGCAAGAAAUGCAAAAGUUUAUUAUUUUUUAUGGCUUUCAAUCUUACCAGGAUAAAUCCAGACAAUAAACUGGCAU